UUUUAAGUAGCAGGUACCUAGCAGUGUGCAGACCUCUGCACUAUCCAGUCUGUAUGAGUGGCAAGCUCUGUCUACAACUUGCUGUUGCAUCCUGGAUAAGCAGCUUUCAUUCUAUCUUGACAUUCCUGAUCUCAAAUUUAGAUUUCUGUGGUCCCAAUGAAAUUGAACAUUUUUUCUGUGAUUCUUUUCCAAUCGUAAAACUCUCCUGUAGUGACACUCAUGUGGCAGGACUUGCCACUUCUGUUGUGGCAGGCGUAUGCUCACUGCCUCCGUUUCUGUUGACCCUCUUAUCCUAUCUGUCUAUCAUUUUCGUACUCAUGAGGAUUCCUUCUGCCACUGGAAGGAAAAAGGCCUUUUCCACGUGCUUUUCACACCUUAUAGUGGUGAUACUUUUUUACUGGUCCAUAUUAACAGUCUAUGUAUUUCCUCAUUACAGUACACAAAUAUCUCUGAACAAAAUCUUCUCUACCUUUUACACCAUUCUCACUCCCUUGGUCAAUCCUCUCAUUUAUAGUUUGAGAAACAAAGAGGUAGUGGCAAGAUGGAGUCUAGAAAACAAGUGUGUUGGAAAAACAUACUGA